CAGAACUCUGGUGCUGCUGACUGAUUUUGGUGCUUAAAAUGCUGAUGCAGAUUGUUUUUGAGGAAAUGUCAAUACUUUUGGGCAUCUUAAUGUAUUAAAAAGAGGAAAAAUAAAAUCUUUUGCUGGAAACUUAAAUUUAUCUUAAACAAAUGCGGAAAAACAUGUUGAAAACUUUUCAACGUCCACAGAGUAGUACGAUAAAACCACAAAAGUGACAUUAACCCAAAAACCCCGUGUGAUAGUAGUAGAGCAAAAGUGAUAAGUUAACAACAGACAGAGCAAAUAAUAGACGACAUAAUAAUGAAGUUGGUCAGUAAAAAUAUGGAUAAAGGGGGUCAAGGCUCCGUGAUCUUAAUACCCGAAGAAUCUGAGGACAUGUGGCAUGCUUAUAAUCUGAUAUCUGAGGGCGAUAGUGUACGUAGUACCACCAUACGUAAGGUGCAAAAUGAAACGGCGACUGGCUCCAGUACAAGUAGUCGUGUGCGUACCACUUUAACCAUAACCGUAGAAUCAAUAGAUUUUGAUACUCAGGCUUGUGUUUUACGUUUAAAGGGACGUAAUAUCGAGGAAAAUCAAUAUGUGAAAAUGGGUGCCUAUCAUACCUUAGACUUGGAGCUGAAUCGCAAGUUUGAAUUACGCAAACCGGAAUGGGAUUCAAUAGCGUUAGAACGUAUUGAUAUGGCUUGUGAUCCCACACAAUCGGCUGAUGUUGCAGCCGUAGUUAUGCAAGAAGGUUUAGCCCAUGUUUGUCUUAUAACUCCCAGCAUGACAUUGGUACGCAGUAAAAUAGAAGUGAAUAUACCGCGCAAACGAAAAGGCAACAUACAGCAACACGAAAAGGGUCUAGCCAAGUUCUAUGAAAGUGUUAUGCAAGGCAUAUUGAGGCAUGUAAACUUCGAGGUAGUAAAAUGUGUACUUAUAGCCUCGCCCGGUUUUGUUAGGGACCAAUUUUUUGAGUAUAUGUAUCAACAGGCUGUUAAAACCGAUAACAAAGUGUUGCUGGACAACAAAAGCAAAUUUAUGCUCGUACACUCUUCAUCUGGAUUUAAGCAUGCCCUUAAAGAGGUGCUACAAGAGCCAGCGGUAAUGUCGAAAAUCUCAGACACCAAGGCGGCCGGUGAGGUAAAAGCUUUAGAACAAUUCUAUACCAUGUUACAGUGUGAACCGGCUAAGGCAUUUUAUGGCAAAAAACAUAUACUAAUGGCUGCCGAUAACAUGGCUAUAGAGACGUUACUCAUCUCUGAUAAUCUGUUUCGUUGUCAAGAUGUUCAACAGCGCAAGGAAUAUGUACAACUGGUGGAAAAUGUACGUGACGCCGGUGGAGAUGUGAAAAUAUUUUCCAGUAUGCAUAUUUCAGGUGAACAAUUGGCACAAUUGACCGGCAUAGCCGCCUUGUUGCGUUUUCCUAUGCCCGAACUGGAAGAGGACUCAGACGAUGAGGGCGACAAUGGUGCAGCUGACUCAGAUUCGGAUUAAGAGAUUGCGGGAGUGCUUUACUUUAAUUAAGUGCUGUAAAAUAAUUUAAAUAAGGGAUUUUUUUCUAUUCAUAACUAAGUUUAUAAACUCGCAUGAACUUACAUUAGUUGCAGGUUUUUAUAUACAUAAACAAUUUUUUUAGCUAUUAACGAUAUUUAAAUUUAAAGAAAAAAUAAAAUAAAAGUCAACUUAUACAUAUUCGUAAAUAAAUAAUAAUGAAAUAAAAUAAUAAUCAAAAGCCGUAAUAAAAAUAUUUAAAUUUCCAAAAGAAGAACAUUUUGUUUAAACACUUAAAUUCUGAACAUAUGUUAUGAACAUGAGGUUUUGUUUGUGUUAUGUAAUUCUAAAAUUUUAUAGAAUUUCCAAAUUGUUUUUCAUUAAAAAUUUCGAUAUUUAUUCUUUUAUUUCUAUGACCUGGUUGAGACUGGGAAACUUUUGAUUUUGUGUGUGAGAGAAAGAGAUGGUUAAUAUAUUUCUUUCUCUUUCUCUCACACACAAAAAUCAAAAGUUUCCUAAAAAAAAGUUACCCAGUGUAAACCAUGUCUAUGCAAUUAAAAAUGUUUAACAGCAGAACUCAUAAGAAUUUUCUUGAAGUAAAUAAAACCGAAUUAAUUUUCAUUCGAUGAAAUUAAUCAGUUUUAGUUACAGUAACAAUAAUCCCAGUAACUCAUAUUUCAAUAUCCAAUGCAUAUGGCAACCUUAAUGCAGGAACCUUUUAAAAGACAGAUAAUGCGGUUUACCGUUAAUUAGAGCGUCCCUUUUUUUCCAUUUUUUGAGGGAUUAUAUAUAUUUAAAUGUAAAAUUAAAUUAGAAUUAUAAUUAUUUAGUAAUAGCUAUAAAUUUGUAAGUAGUUUUAAGUUUGAAAGUCCAUGGAGGAUACUUAGUAUGUCGGAAUAUAUGUAACAUGAUUAUUAGUUUUAAGAAAACAUGUAAAUUGAAUGUUUUGGAAAAUAAAUGAAAUGAAAUG